AUGUCAAACAGUCUCUGGACUGAAACCUUCCCUUCAAGCAGAUGCUACUACCUUGAUUUCGAAGGCUCUGACCACCGACCUCUCCUGUCCAUUCUGGAAACGCAUCUAAAAAAGAAAAAAGGGAUCUUCAGAUACGACAGAAAUAUGAAAGAUAAUCCGGAGAUAACAACGAUAGUUGAGAAGGCUUGGAACUUAUCUUUGGAAGCAUCGGUGGAACAGAGAAUAGGUAGCUGCAGGAAAAGCAUCUCCAAAUGGAACUUGGAGCAUCACAGCAAUGCGCAAAAAGAGAUACAAGAAGAAAAAAGGAAGCUCGAGUUAGCUAUGAGCUCGCCCACGGAAGAUCAAGCAUUGAUAGCUACCAUAAACAAUAAUCUAAGCUCAGCCUAUCAGAAGGAAGAAGCUUACUGGCACCAAAGAAGCAGAACGCUCUGGCUAGCCCUUGGAGAUAGAAACUCGGGAUACUUCCAUGCUGCAACACGAGGGAGAAGAACGAUUAACAAGCUAGCAAUUAUAGAAGAUAGUAAUGGUAUUUCAGUGUAUAAGAGCUUAAUAGCAGAACCCUCCCCUUCUGAGAUAAAAGCGGCUCUAUUCUCCAUCAACCCUGACAAAGCCCCAGGACCCGACGGCUUCUCUGCAGGGUUUUUCCAAACCAAUUGGUCAGUAAUGGGACCUAAAAUAACCGAGGAAGUUAAGGAAAUCUUUGAAGCAAGCAUCAUACCAAGCUCCCUCAACCGAACCCAUGUAAGACUUAUACCAAAAACCCCCAGCCCCAAAGCGUUAACAGAGUAG